AUGGCAACAGUUUCUGUCCACGCCCUCAACGCUGGAAGCCUCACGAUCCCGGAGAAAUUCUUCGUGGUUCCGUCCGAUCCAGAUGUCAAAUUCACGGUGCCCUCCUUGUCCUUCCUCGUACAACACACAACCGGCUCCAAGACCACUCGCCUGGUCUUCGACCUCGGCAUCCGCCGCGAUACGAGCCUCUACCCCGACGUUCUCCAGGCACACAUCAAAAGCCGGGAACCUAUCACCACCCAGCCUGAUGUGACUGCCUCUCUCGCCGAGGGUGGUCUCAAACCCGACGACAUUGACUAUGUGAUCCUGAGCCACGUCCACUACGACCAUGUUGGCUAUCCUCCUGAUUUUCCAACCUCCCACUUCCUGAUCGGUCCCGGCGCCGCCGCCCUCCUCUCUGGCAACACCACCCUCAACAUCGGCUCCCACAGCCACUUCGAGCCCGACCUCCUCCCCUCCGACCGCACCACCGAACUCCCUUCCCCCACCACCUCCUCUUCCUCCACAUCGACCCACAAAUGGACACCCCUCCCCCCCUUCGCCCACGCCAUCGACUUCUUCAACGACGCCAGCCUCUUCAUCGUCAACGCCCCCGGCCACCUCCCCGGCCACAUCAACCUCCUCUGCCGCGUAUCCCCCGACAAAUACGUCUAUCUCGCCGGCGACGCCUGCCACGACGUGCGCCUCUUCACCGCGGAGCGCGAGAUCGCCACGUGGAUCGACGGGGACGGGAGACAGUGCUGCAUCCACGCGGAUCGGGAGCAGACCAAGGAGACGUUGCGGGUGAUGCGCGACGCGGUGGAGAAAGGCGUGGAGGUCGUGUUUGCGCAUGAUUGGGCUUGGGAGCGGGAGGCGAGGGAGAGGGGGGGGUUCUGGCCUGGACGGUUAUAG